AAGCACAUGUCAGGUACUUAAAUUUUUGACUCCCGGUUCGCGGGUGAAAGAAAGAAAUUGAUUGGUAUUGUGAUUGUGAAAUUACCGGUCGGAUUUUCAGUUUUGAGAAAACGUUGCACUUGUUUUAAUUUUCACCAUGAAUGAAUCAAUACUAAUACCAUCACCAAAUUGGUUCUACCCGUCUGUAAUGGCUGUGAGUUCUGAUGGCUGGCUUAUUUAUGGAGGGCCGAGUAAAAGUAUUUGUGUUUGUGAACCACAAACGAAGGAUAUCGGUAUUAUAGCUGCAAAAGAUAAAUAUCAAGCUCACGUUUUUUUCGUUGGAAAUUCAGAGAGGAUUAUAUCAGUGGACUUAUCUCCAGAAUGGUUAGAAAAAAAGUCCUUCGUCUCUGGUACUCAAGAUGGUACUGUGAAACAAUGGUUCAUACAAAAGGAAAAUGAUAAAAUGAAAAUAAAAGAUCCACAAUGCCACGAAUUUCACAAGACUGUUAGUGAAGAUCUAGUUGGAGUAGGUUACAGUAAUGCUACAACAGCUGUUUCAGUUGGAGCUCAUAAUAACAUAGUCAAAUGGGACCUAGCAUCAAAUGUUACCAAGGUGUACAACCACUUUAUGAAGACCUUCCGAGCUACCUGCAUGGCAUGUUCCCCUCAUGUAUCAUUGCAGGUGGCUGUAGGGACAAAACAGGGUGUAGUCUUCCUUAUUGAUUUGCAUGGCAAAGGAAAAUUACUAUACAAAGUCCGAGGCCAAGAUGACCCAGUAAUGUACCUGAGCUGGUGCCCAAAAUAUGUCACAACCGUAGUAAAUAAAGGUAAAGAAGUCCAGUCGUCACUUGCUGAACGACUUCAAGCUAUAAGAAGAGAAGCAGACCAGGAAACUGAACAGCUAGAAAAAUCUGGAAUUGAGAAGAACCUUCCGGAAGAUAGCUUUGUUGAGUCUGUAGUACAGGAGGAUGACACAUUUGACAUCUAUAAAGACCAUGAACAUGAUGAGUUUGGGCAUAAAAAGUAUGAACCAGAGAGUAUCAGGGUAAAGGUAAAGAAGGAGGAAGCUGCAGAAACUGAUUAUUUAGCUGAAUGUUUAAAGUUAAAAGAGGAAAUAUUGAGGAGAAAGAAUCAACCGGAACCAAGUAUAGAGUCACUGGUUAAUGCAUUAGAUGGGACCCAUGUAGAAAGUGACAAUGAUGGUCCAACUGCACAAGCUGAUGCAGAAAAUGCUCAAGCCGUGCCUGAACCAGCAACAAGUUCAGUGAAGACUGUCAAAAUUAGUUGUCGCACUAGUCAAGAGCAUAAACAUCUGCUUGCAUCAAUAGGAAAAGUUGGAGGAGUUCGAAUAUGGUCAGAGACGGGUAAACUAGUGGCCACUUGUGUUAUUCCAGCUGUUCCUAAAAGUGCUAUGAAAGGAAAUUUCGUCGCUUCACUGCUUUGGUACACUCCCACAUCACUUCUUGUCAUUGAUGGUAGAAACCAACUGCUGGAGAUUAAUCCACUUAGAAUUGACAAAAAGAAUAGACUAGAUUGGUCUGUACUAAAGCAUUUACACAAGCGUGGGAUGUACUGCAUAAAGACCAAUGCGCCAUCAGUGCAAGAGGACGACGUACAGUCCUCGGAUGAUUGGUCCGUGUGGACCGUAGCACAGGACAGGACUAUUAUACGAUAUUGUAUGAAGAAGAAAAAGACUUUGGCUAUCAUUCCCACUGCGGGGGGUUCUGUUUAUGCGGUGGCUGUUUGCCCUUAUGAUGCUGGAAGGGUAGCAGUAAGUGUGGGAGAUGGCGCGGUCCGCGUAAUGGAGAGUAAUACCCUUGUAGACGAUGACAUGAAGCUCACACCUCCAAGGGUCUACUCCUACUGGCAGAAUGUUCAAGGAAAAGUCCUCAACGUCGCCUGGCAUCCCACCAGAGAGAAUGUACUAGCUUAUUCUACUGGAGAAUCUCGAGUUGGUGUAAUAGACACUAGCAUCAAAUCGGAAUCAGGCCGAGUAUUGAACUGUGCUCUCAGUCACGGCGUGUAUUCUCUGAGUUGGGGAGAAGAUAUGAACCUGUACGCCAGUGGCGGAUGCAAACUGGUCAUGUAUAACGCCCAACGAUAUAACGAAGAUCCCCAACUGCUGGACAUAACAAUAGAAGGUCAGAAGUGGGAAAUAUGUGCGGUGUCAUGGUUCCCUCGUGGGCUCUUCGUGGGCUCAGCCAAUGGCGGGGUCGCUCUACUCACUCCCAGCCACCCACACACACUCAUCGUUGCCAAUUUCGUCUUUAGUAAAAUGAUACAUGCAAUCGAGUGGCACCCACAACAGACAUCGAGUUCGACUGAGGAGUCUCCAUACAAGAACUUCAUUGCUGUCACCUCCUUGGAUAAAGAUUGUGGCAUUGCUAUUGUAGAAUAUGUCACUGCAGAAGAUGGGUCAAAAAAGUUGACCACAUGGAAGAUGUUGUAUGGCCACACGAAGGCAGUGCUCCAAGCCACUUGGAACCCACAUCGUGAAGGAAUAUUACUGUCCUCCUCACAGGACACUACUGUUAGGGUAUGGGAUGUAUCAACGGGUAUCUGUAUAUCAAUAUUCGCUGGCCACUCGACUGUGUCACUAGGAUUAUGUUGGAUGUCUCAGCCACAGCUAGCUGACUACGUCAUGACGGGCGGCGGGGAGUUCUGUCUCAGGUUGUGGAACAUCAACGAACAUAAAACUGAGAAUUUUGUUGCCGAAUCCGGCACCGUAGCCAAGAAGCGACAACGCAGAAAAGGGAAAAAAGGAGUCGUGGACGUAAGCUCAGGAGAGGAAGAGCAUGUAGCACUACAAACUGCACUUACCAGCAAAUAUAGCAAGCCGACGAAGAGAUUCCUCCUACCAAUCAUGUUUAAACAGUUCAAUGACCCCAUCAGACGGUUAGACGCACCUAGAAAAAUGUUGCAAAUGUGGCUAGAGAAGAAUGAAUAUAAACUUAAAGAAAAUCGCGAAAGUGGUUCAACUAGCCCCACUGAACAAAAAGUAAUUCCAUCCCCAUCUAAAGAAAAUGGUUCCAUAAUAGAUGAGAAGGGAGAUCAUGUUCUGGCACAAUCAGGGGACAAAGCUGAGGGAGCUGCAGGCAGUAAUGAGGUUGACGAAGGAGUGCUUUAUGAACCCAUAGAGUCCAGUUUAGAUUUCAUCAAAAUCUUUGGUACUGUUAAGGAGGUUAAUGAGUUUUUGGAUAUGGAAAUGCACGGACACUUGGAAGAAGUGUAUCACCCGGAGGCAUAUAUAAUGUUGUCGAUAAUUCGCGGCCACAUCGACUCCAUGAUACAGUUCGCCAGUGAGCGCGAUAUGCUCUGUCCCUUCCUACUUAGUAUGGCGCCCUGCGUGUCUUUCAAGUAUUGGAAAGAUGCAACCCAGUUAUAUUUGAAGCAAAUAGAUCGAGUGGUGGCUAGAGGAGAGGAGGAGAGGAUAUUCGAGAAUAAGCACUACGGAGGUUCGAAGUUCCGUAAAGCGGCCCUACAGCUGAGCAUGCAUGACGUCAUGGGUGCUGUCAAAACUCUAUGUGAAGGAAAACUAUACAAGGAGGCGUAUAUACUAUGCCGGCUAAGAUAUAUGGAUAGCAUAGCUGACGAAAUAGUGGCCGAUUGGGCUGAAGAACUCUCGAAAAGCGGACAAAUGAAUAUGUCGGCAUUUCUCUACAUAGUCAUGGGCAAUCUGUCUCAAGCAGCACAAGUGCUAGCAAAAUCUCAAAAGGUAGAUUUUCUCAAAUUGGCGGCAGAAAUUGCGAAGAUCGCUGGUAGAACCACGUUUGCUGACCACGUCACGAAGAAAGCUAAUCAAACUGAAGCCCAAAUUUCCGCAGACAAGACUGAAGAAAUUUUGAAGGAACUACCUUCAAAGAUUGAUCUCCUUAUGAAGGACGAGAUUGCCAAAGCUUGUGAUAAAAUUAAAAGUGAUAUUUUAAACGGUGAAACCUCAAGCUCUGUCACGUUAAAUGGUAAUAAUAAAACCAAGGAAUAGACGAUAAGUAGUCUUUUUGUGUUAACACAAUGAGAAUAGAUUUGUUCCAAAAUAUUGUUUUAAUGUUAUGAAAUAAGCCAUGUUUUAAUUUGGUCCAUCAGUAACGUAAAACGUUAUUUCAAAUUAUAUCUUCUCAUUGGUCUUUUUUAAAAUAAUUGUGAUUUGAUUAUACAUUUUUGUCGAAUCUCGAUAUGUAUUUUACGGCUCCGUCUGUCAUAGUCAUAGGCCUUAGCUGGGCAUAGGCCUUGUGUAUUGGCAUGUGUAUCUUGUUUUCGUAUCUGUUCGAAAAUGUAUACAAUAUCAUUUUUAUGUAAUAAAUACAUUCUUACAACA